AUGAUAAAAUAUAAAAGUAAAAUUGGAAUACAAAUUUUAUUUGCUCUUAAACAUCUCAUUACUGCAAGUUUCUCUGAAGAUAUAUAUCUAAUAAUAAUAUCAGGUGCAAAUUUAAUUAUAUUAAUCAUUUUACUAAAAAAGAAUUUGCAUUCAAUUUGGAAAUAUUUUAGAAUUUUACUUCUCUUAGAAUUAAGCUUCUUUGAUCAUAUAUUUACACCUCCAAUUAUAGCCACUUUAAAUUUAAAAAUCAAGUUUAAGAUCGUAAUACUGGUCUUUUAUUGCUGUAGAGUUAGCUUAAUAUAUUUCAAAGUUUUUUAAAUAAUAGAUUGGGUUUAUUUAGGAAUCUUAUUUAUAUCAUUCAUAUUUUAUAUUUAUACCCAUGUAUCAUAUUAUUUAUUUUUAGGAUAGUAAAUUAUAAAAAAGUAAGAAUUAGUUCACAUCUGAAAGGAAAUUAUCAUAUCUAAAUAUCAAUUCUUAAAGUGAUUAGUAGGAUGUAUUUGAUCUCUUUAAUUUUUUACCUUUUGGAAUUUGUAUAUUAGAUGAUAAAUAAAACAUAACUAAUUCUAACUACAAAGCUAAAAAAUAUUGUUCGAAUAUAAAAGAAGAAAAUUUUCAAUCUCAAUUAUUUAUGAUGAUUUCAAGGUAUAAUAUAUCUUAAAAAUAAGGGCUUGUUUAUAAUAAUUAGAUAAAAAAUCUAUUUUUAAUUCUUCUGAAGAUUAAGCUUCUGAAUUUUAAAUGAGAAGAUUAUAAUCUUUUAGUUAAACAAGAAAGAAAGCUAUAUCUUAACAGAGAUAAUUUAAUAAUUUAAUUGAUAUAUCUUAAAUAAUUAAUAAGCAUAAAACAAUAAAGGGAGUUUCAGAGAGUUGUAAUUAAAAUUCUCUCAAAUAUAGAGAUCUAAAUGCUAAUAAGACAUAUGAAAUUAAAAUAUAUGAAAUUACUUAAGGUAGUAUGAUAUGUAUUUAAAAUAUUUCAAAAAAAGAAAGAUAAUUUGAAAUUCGAGAAAGAUUUCGUUUCUAAUCAUUGCUAAUAAACUCAUUUUCUCAUGAAUUAAAAACUCCAUUAAAUUGUUCUUUAUCACUAUUAUAAAUUUUAGAAUAAGAAUUAAGAUCUGAUAAAAUAUAAUAACAUAAUUUAAUAGAGUAAAAAUAUUUAAAACCUGCAAUAAUUUCAAACAAAAAAUUAUUACAUUAAAUUAAUGAUAUUCUUGAUUAUGCAAAUUUUGAAGCUUAAACAUUUUAAUUAAGACCAACUUAAUUUAAAAUAUCAACAUUACUAUAAACAAUUGAAUAUUAUUUUAAAGAUGAAUGUUAAUAAAAGUAAAUAAAUUUUAUAGUUUAAACUUGUGAUGAUUGUAUCAUAAAUAAUGAUUUUGAUAGGAUAAUUUAAAUUUUAGUUAACUUAUUAAAUAAUUCAGUUAAAUUUACAAAACAAAAUGGUUAAAUAUAAUUUAACAUUAAUAGAAUAGGUUCUAUGUAUUCUUUUGAAGUAUUUGACACUGGAUGUGGCAUUUCUGUAGAGAAACUAUAUCUUAUUAAUAAAAUUCUAUAGAAUCAAGAAAUGGAUAUUUUAAAAAGAGGAGAUGAGGAUUAUAUCUAAUAUGUUGGUUUAGGAUUAAAAGUUUCAAGUUAAAUAGCAUUUAAAUUAUGUUAAAAAGGUGAACUGAUUAUAACAAGUUCAUUAAAUUAAUUUACAAAGAGUCGCUUUUAUGUAUAAGAUUUGAAUACACAAGAAGAGAUUUUAACUAUUCCAACAGAUGAAUUUAUUCAAAUACCAUAUAAAAGUAAAACCAAAAAAUAAUGUCAUAGUAAUCUUGUUUUAAUUGUUGAUGACAUUCCUUUUAAUCAUUUAGCUUUCAUCACAGUUUUAAAAUAUUUUAAUAUAAAAUGUGAUAGUGCUUAUGAUGGAAGUAUGGCUAUUGAAAUGGUUAAGAAUAAGUAUGAUAAUUGUUAAUGUGGAUAUAAAUUGAUUUUUAUGGAUAUUGAUAUGCCUGGAAUUGAUGGUUAUCAAUGUAGCAAAGAAAUCUCAUAGUUUUUAUAAUAAAAGAAUAUUACUUCAUUUAUUAUUAUGUGCAGUGCUUUUGAUAGUAAAGAUAAUAUUGACAUUGCUUAUAAAUCAGGAAUGAAUGAUAUUUUGCCUAAACCUAUAGAUACUCUACAACUUAAAAAAAUACUCAGCAAAUAUUAUUUUUGA